AUGGGCAUCAAAACAGUUGCAGUCUAUUCUGAUCUUGAUGCUACUGCCUUGCAUGUUCAAAUGGCAGAUGAAGCUAUUAAUUUGGGAUCUGCAUCUUCAUCUGAGACCUAUCUUUCGAUACCCCGUAUUUUAUCAGCUGUAGAACAAAGUGGAGCAGAGGCUGUGCAUCCAGGUUAUGGGUUUCUAAGUGAGAAUCCUGCCUUUGUAGAGGCGUUAGAGCAAAAGAAUGUAACAUUUAUAGGACCCAAAGCCUCUGCUAUUUCAGCUAUGGGAGAUAAAAUCCAAAGCAAGUUAAUCGCUCAGGCAAGUGGUGUUCAUUGUAUCCCGGGAUUUCAUGGUGAAGUAAAGACAGUACAAGAAGCAUUAUCGAUUGCUAAUGAAAUUGGAUAUCCUGUCAUGGUAAAGGCAAGUGCGGGGGGAGGAGGUAAAGGCAUGCGAAUUGCUUGGAAUGAUAAGGAAUUAAGUGAUGGAUUUAAAUUAGCAAAACAAGAAUCAAAGUCAUCAUUUGGAGAUGAUCGGAUGUUAAUCGAGAGGUAUAUAGAUAACCCUCGUCAUAUCGAAAUACAGGUUCUAGGUGAUAAUUUUGGUAACGUUAUCUACCUCCCUGAGCGUGAAUGUUCUAUUCAACGAAGAAAUCAAAAAGUGAUAGAAGAAUCACCAAGUGUACAUAUGGAUCAAGAGACACGACGUAGGAUGGGAGAACAAGCUGUGGCGUUGGCAAGGCAUGUAGGCUAUAAUUCAGCAGGCACUGUGGAAUUCUUGGUAGAUGCAUCACGACAGUUUUAUUUCUUGGAGAUGAAUACUCGUUUACAAGUUGAACAUCCCAUAACAGAGUAUGUGACAGGAUUGGAUCUUGUAGAGCAAAUGCUUUAUUCAGCAGCAAAUCAUCGUUUGAGUUUAAAGCAAGAAGAUAUCUCUCUUUUGGGUUGGGCAUUUGAAUCGCGUGUUUAUGCAGAGGAUCCUGAGAAGUAUUUACCCUCUGUAGGAAGAUUACUGACCUAUCAGGAACCUGUGGUGGCCUCAAGAGGAGGUAAAAUACGUUGUGAUUCUGGAUUUAUUGAAGGAUCAGAGAUGCAUGUAGAAUAUGAUCCUUUAAUUAGUAAAUUAGCCACGCAUGGACGAACAAGAAAGGAGGCAUUGCAGUUAAUGAUACAAGCUCUAGAUGAAUAUAUAAUCAAAGGUGUCACACAUAAUAUUCCUUUGUUAAGAGCUGUAUUUGCACAUCCUCGAUUUCAAGAGGGUCGUCAGGUCACUACUCACUUUUUAACAGAAGAGUACCCUCAUGGUUUUCAAACAGAGGCCUUGGAUCAAAAGGCUUUAAAACAACUAGCUCUUGUAGCUGGGGGAAUGUGGAUAAAGAAAGAAUUCAGUCAUUGGCAAGGAAAACAGAAACUAAUGAAAGAAUUUCAAAACUUGCAAAUCCAAAUUACAGAUGAGCAUAAUCAACACAUGUUAGAAACCAAAAUUAAACUUAAACCCACUGAAGGUUCAAAUUUCGAAGCAGUGACUGCAACAGGUCUUCUUAAAUUUUCUACUGAAUGGUCACUAAAUGGAUUACUAACGCAUACCCAUUUUGAAGAAAAGAAAAAAUUAAUUGUUCAAUAUUUGGAUCCAAUCAGUUUAGGAUUUAGGAUUCAAUACCACGGUAACAAAUACAAAGUAAAGGUCCUAACUGAAGAACAAUACACGUUGUCAAAAUACAUGAAAACAAAAUCUAUUGAGGAACAUAGUAAAAUGAUUUCAAGCCCUAUGCCAGGUAAAAUUGUUAGCCUUGCAGUUAAAGAAGGAGAUGAAGUCAUUGAGGGUAGCGAAUUAGUAGUUGUAGAAGCUAUGAAGAUGCAAAAUAUCCUAAGAAGCCCUCAUGGAGGAACUGUAAAGAGAGUUUAUGUUGAACCUGGCAAUAGUAUAAUGAAAUUUGGACAUACUUUAAGAAUGUCUUUGAAUCCAGAAUGGACUUCACACUAUGUUGCUUAUGAUGAUCUGAAAAACAUAUUAAAACAAGAAACUUUUCGAGGCACUUGGAAUGAAGAAAGCGAAAGUAAGUUUGUUGAACUUUUAGAGGAGGAACUUGAUAAGGUUUACACCUUUCAGCGUAUCAAACUGGAAAAGAUCCAUAGAUGUAUUGAAGAUGAAACUCGUGAAAUCAAUCUUCUUUAUCAAUCAGAUAAUCCCGAAGAAGACGAGUUUAUAGCUUCAGGGAUUGAACUAGGUCAUAUUAUUGCUGAUGUUCAUGAUUUGGCCAAGUUUACUAGAUUGAAUUAUACGGGCUUUUUAAAGAUCAUAAAAAAACAUGAUAAAAUGACAGGAUGGUCACUAAAACCAAUAUUCAGUGUGCGAUUGAAUGCAAAGCCAUUUUAUAAAGAAAAUUAUGAAGCAUUAAUUAUUCGUAUUUCUACUUUGUAUGAUCGUGUUCGUACAAGAGGUAAAGAGCGAGGUGGUGAUUCUAGUGCUGGUGGUAAACAAGCAGCGUUUGUUCGGAAUACUACAAAAUAUUGGGUUCAUCCUGAUAAUAUUACUGAAUUAAAAUUAACUAUUCUGAAGCAUCUUCCUGUCUUGGUAUUUAAUCCUAAUAAAGAAUUUGAACCACAAGAUUCUGCUAUUACAAGUGUCUAUUUUGAUAAUGAUGAUUUUGAACUUUAUAUGGGCCGCUUAGAGAAAAGUGAAGGAGCUGAAGCAAUUCGAAUGAGAUGGUAUGGAGGAAUGGAUUCAAACACAAUUUUUGUGGAGCGAAAAACACAUCAUGAAGAUUGGACAGGCGAAAAGUCGGUUAAAGCACGAUUUCCAAUUAAAGAAAAAUAUCUGAAUAGUUUUCUUAAGGGCACUUAUACAACCGAUGACAUGUUUGCAAAGAUGAAGAAAGAUGGCAGUCAAAAAUCCAAAAAGGAAAUCCAAGAGUUGGAACAAUUAGCACAAGAGGUACAAUAUACGGUUUUGACAAAGCGUCUUUGUCCUAUGAUGCGUACUUUCUACAAUCGUACAGCCUUUCAAUUACCUGGUGAUGCUCGUGUUCGUAUCAGUUUGGAUACAGAGUUAAGUUUAAUUCGAGAAGAUAAUGAAGACUAUAUGAGGUCAGGGAAUAACUGGCGCCGUGUAGACAUUGGUAUUAAUUACCCCUUUAAGCAAUUACCUGAAGGUGAUAUUUGUCGCUUUCCUUAUGCUGUCCUUGAAGUUAAGCUUCAAACGCAUGUGGGUCAAGAACCACCUCAAUGGGUGCUUGAACUUGUCAAUUCUCACUUAGUUGAGUCGGUUCCCAAAUUUUCAAAGUUUAUUCAUGGUUGCGCUACUUUGUUAGACAAAAAGAUUCAAGUAUUACCAUUUUGGUUACCACAGAUGAAUGUUGAUAUUCGAAAGCCUUCUAAUAACAUCUUUGGCGUCUCUCGCCCUGAAACGCUUACUAACAGUUCUACCUCUGGUAGUAGUGGAACAAAAUUAAUUAAAAAUGAAGAACAACAUAUUCAGAUUUCUAUACGUGAAGCUGAUACAAAAACUACGCAUUUACUUAAAAAUAAUCACCAACAACGACAAGAAUUAGUCGAAAAUGAAGAAAACUCAUUUGUGAAGCAGCAACUAAGACUGUUCUAUGUAUUGCUACAUAAAAUGUUUCAGAAAUUCAUCAAAAAGACUAUUCGCGUCCCAUCAUCAUCUUUAGACACAAAAACGCGAACAUCUCGUUCAGACAUUAUAUCAAAAGCUCCUCCUGCCAAAACUUAUUUCGCUAAUGAGCGUACUUUCCUACAUUGGUUAAAAUUUACGUUACUUUUAGGAGGGUUGUCGGUUGGCUUAUUGAAUUUCUCUGAUCAAAUUGGGAGAGUCUCCGCAUGUCUUUUUACAGUAAUAUCGAUGUUAGUAAUGCUCUAUGCAUUAUAUACAUAUCAUAAACGUGUACAGAGAGUAGAAAGAAAUGAAUUGGGUGAUUUUUCGGACAAAUAUGGGCCUGCUGUAUUGACUCUCUUUGUUAUCAUUGCUAUUUCCAUUAAUAUGGCUUGUAAAUUGUUAAAUUAA